AUGGAAUCCUCGAAGUCUAAGGAAAUAAGAGGACAAAGAGGUGGUGCCCAGAGAGCCAGCCUAGGGGAAAGCGACUUCGAAAGGAGCAAGGUCCAUGGUGCAAUCGAGGGUGGUGCCUAUAGGGCUGUUGGCAACGUCUUUGGGCGUAUGGGUGGCACCUAUGGCUCUGAAGCUACUACUGAUGUGGGCUGGAACAAAAGCGAGCUAGGCGACGAGUGCCCAAAGGAUGUCAGGCGCCAUGGGUUUGGCAUAGGUGACCUCCAUGUUGCCUUUAUAGACUCAAGUGAUGCCAAAAGUGGAGGGGCCAAUAGCCUAGGUAGGAAACUUAGUGGCGACAGCAGGAUGGGCAACUCCCUAGACAUACUAGGCAGCGCUAAAAGCAAGGAUGUGGAGGAGCUGGGUAGCACCUUACAGGCGCCAGGCUGGGUGCUAGCUGGGCGAUGCCUUGCAGGCACAGUUGCCAGGCUAGGGAGCCGGCCAGAUAGGAGUGGUAAUCAAGCCAAGCUCGACAAGCAUCACCAUGAGGCUCGGCUUGACUAA